GUCUGUGUCAUUGCUACAAUCGGUAAUGCAAAAUAAAUGCAUCCCUAUAUACGAGCCAAUACCUACUUUUUGUGUGGCGUUUUUCGUUACGGAAGAUCAGUGUUGUGUGUGCAACUCGUUGUCAGAUCCUCCAAGUCCGAUGGUUCACAGUUGGGACUGAAUGAGAUCGCAGCAACCACAAGAGAGAACGAAGAAAUGGCGGAGACUAAUGAGAUAAAAGAGAACGGGCAAUGGAUAUUAGGCGACGAGGACAAGGAAGAGAAGUACGAUGCCUUCGGCGACGACGGCGACAACGGCCCGCCGGCGGCCCCCUCUGACGGUCAGGGAGGCGUCACGGUGUUCUCCCCAGCGGCCAUGGCUGCCCUGGCUGAAAAAAGACGUAGGCUCAAGCCCAGCAUGUCCCAAGGUACGGUGAUGAUCCAGAACAGGCUGGAAGAGAAGAACUUCACCGUCGCCACUCCGGAGGAGUUCGUUAAAAGGUUCAAUGGAACGAAAGUUAUAAACAAGGUGCUGAUAGCCAACAACGGGAUAGCGGCAGUGAAGUGCAUGCGCUCCGUCCGCCGGUGGUCGUACGAGAUGUUCAAGAACGAGCGGGCCGUCCGAUUUGUCGUCAUGGUGACGCCCGAGGAUCUCAAGGCCAACGCCGAGUAUAUCAAGAUGGCGGACCACUACGUGCCCGUGCCCGGCGGCACGAACAACAACAACUACGCCAACGUGGAGCUCAUCGUCGACAUCGCCGUCAGGUGCCAGGUCCAGGCCGUGUGGGCCGGUUGGGGUCACGCCUCGGAGAACCCCAAGCUGCCCGAGCUGUUGCACAAGAACAGCAUCGCCUUCAUUGGGCCCAACGAGAAGGCCAUGUGGGCCCUGGGGGACAAGAUUGCGUCGUCCCUGGUCGCCCAAACCGCGGAGGUGCCCACCUUGCCCUGGUCCGGUUCUGGCCUGACCGCUCAGUAUAGCGGCAAGAAGAUAAAGAUAUCAUCUGAGCUGUUCGCCAGGGGUUGCGUCAACAGUGCCGAAGAGGGCCUCGCGGCGGCCCACAAGAUAGGAUUCCCCGUCAUGAUCAAGGCCUCGGAGGGCGGCGGCGGCAAGGGCAUCAGGAAAGUCGAGAACCCCGACGAUUUCCCUGCCGCCUUCCGACAGGUGCAGACGGAGAUCCCCGGCUCGCCGAUCUUCGUGAUGAAGCUGGCCAAGUGCGCCAGGCACCUGGAGGUGCAGCUGCUGGCCGACAUGUACGGCAACGCCAUCUCCCUCUUCGGCAGGGACUGCUCUAUCCAGAGGAGGCACCAGAAGAUUAUCGAAGAGGCGCCGGCCGUCGUAGCCGAGCCGUCCGUGUUCGAGGAUAUGGAGAGAGCCGCCGUCAGGCUGGCCAAGAUGGUGGGGUACGUGUCGGCGGGGACGGUGGAGUAUCUCUACGACCCCUCCGGUCAGUACUACUUCCUGGAGCUGAACCCACGGCUUCAGGUGGAACACCCCUGUACGGAGAUGGUGUCCGACGUCAACUUGCCAGCCGCUCAAUUGCAGAUUGCCAUGGGUCUUCCCCUGCACUACAUCAAGGACAUCAGAUUGCUGUACGGGGAGUCCCCCUGGGGCAUGACGGAAAUAGAUUUCGACCAACCGAGGCACAAGCCGCAGCCCUGGGGCCACGUCAUCGCCGCCAGAAUUACCUCCGAGAACCCCGACGAAGGAUUUAAGCCCAGCUCCGGUACCGUGCAAGAACUGAACUUCCGAUCCUCCAAGAACGUGUGGGGGUACUUCUCGGUGGCCGCUUCGGGGGGCCUGCACGAGUUCGCCGACUCCCAGUUCGGGCACUGCUUCUCGUGGGGAGAAAACCGGGAACAGGCCAGAGAGAAUCUCGUCAUAGCUCUGAAGGAGCUGUCCAUCCGCGGUGACUUUAGGACGACGGUGGAGUACCUGAUAACGCUCCUGGAAACGAAAACUUUUCAGGAAAACACGAUCGACACGGCUUGGUUGGACAUACUCAUUUCCGAACGGAUGCAGUCGGAAAAACCCGACAUCAUGUUGGGCGUUAUGUGCGGGUCCCUCCACAUAGCCGACAAAACCACCACCACGGCCUUCCAGGAGUUCCAGAACUCGUUGGAGAGGGGCCAGAUCCAGGGCUCCAACACGCUGACGAACGUCGUGGAAGUGGAACUGAUAAACGACGGCAACAAAUACAAAGUGCAGGCGACGAAGAGCGGCCCCAACACUUAUUUCUUGCAAAUGAACGGUUCGUUUAAGGAGAUCGAAGUCCACAGGCUCAACGACGGAGGGAUUUUACUAUCGGUGGACGGAGCGUCGUUCACGACGUACAUGAAGGAGGAAGUGGACCGGUACCGUAUCGUGAUAGGCAACCAGACCUGCGUGUUCGAGAAGGAAAACGACCCCACGAUACUGCGCUCGCCUUCCGCCGGCAAACUCAUCAGUUACGUGGUAGAGGAUGGAGGUCACAUCGCCAAGGGGCAGGCUUUCGCUGAAAUAGAGGUUAUGAAAAUGGUCAUGACGCUCACCGCCAACGAAUCGGGAAUGGUGACGUACGUGAAACGCCCCGGCGCCGUCCUGGACGCCGGCUCCAUCAUCGCCACUCUGGAACUGGACGAUCCUUCUCUAGUCACCAAAGCCAUCCCGUACAAGGGACCGUUCCCCGAACUGGACGUAUCCCAGCCCAUCAUACCAGAAAAACUCAAUCACGUCCACAACAGCUACCGCAUAGCCUUAGAGAACACUCUGGCGGGCUACUGCCUGCCGGAUCCUUACAACGCGCCCCGUUUGAGGGAAGUGAUAGAGAAAUUCAUGUCGUCCCUGAGGGAUCCCAGCCUUCCCCUUCUGGAGCUGCAGGAGGUGAUGGCUACGAUUUCGGGACGGAUACCGGCCGCCGUCGAGAAAAAGAUCCGCAAACUGAUGUCGUUGUACGAGAGGAACAUCACCUCGGUGUUGGCGCAGUUUCCGAGUCAACAGAUCGCCAGCGUUAUUGACACUCACGCGGCCAGCAUGCAUAAGAGGACGGAGCGAGACGCUUUCUUUUUGGCGACCGAAGGCAUCGUCCAGCUAGUGCAGAGGUAUCGUAACGGCAUCCGGGGCAGGAUGAAACACGCCGUCCAGGAAAUGUUGAGGCAGUACUAUGAAGUCGAGAGCCAGUUUCUGCACGGUUCUUACGACAAAUGCGUGUCCUUGUUGCGGGAGAAGCACAAAGACGACAUGGCCGCCGUCACGGCCACCAUCUUCUCCCACAGUCAGGUGUCCAAAAAGAACCUGCUCGUGACGAUGCUCAUCGACCACCUCUGGGGCAACGAACCCGGCCUAACCGACGAACUAACCAACUGCCUGACGGAACUCACGUCUCUCAACCGCAGCGAGCACUCCCGCGUCGCCCUCAGGGCCAGGCAGGUGCUGAUCGCCGCCCACCAACCCGCCUACGAACUGAGGCACAACCAGAUGGAGAGCAUCUUCCUCUCCGCCGUGGACAUGUACGGGCACGAGUUCCACCCGGAGAACCUGCAGAAGCUCAUAGUUUCCGAGACGUCCAUCUUCGAUAUCCUGCACGACUUCUUCUAUCACACCAACAGGGCGGUGUGCAAUGCCGCCUUGGAGGUGUACGUGAGACGGGCGUACACCAGUUACGACAUUUCGUGUCUGCAGCACUUGGAGUUGAGCGGGGAGGUGCCUCUCGUCCAUUUCAUCUUCAUGUUGCCGCCGUCCCACCCCAAUAGGUUGGUGAAGCUGAACAGCGGUCUGGAGGAUCGAGGAAGCGGUGACCAGCAUGGUGAUGCGGUACGGGCCGCGUCUCUGGAAGCUGCGCGUCCUCCAAGCCGAGAUCAAGGUGGUCAUCCGUUCCUCCCCCGGCACCAACACGCAGACCAUCCGUCUCUGUCUGGCCAACGACAGCGGCUACUACCUGGACAUCAACAUGUAUACGGAGGUGGUGGACCCGGAGACGGGCAUAAUCAACUUCCAGGCCUACGGCAACAAGCAGGGACCGCUGCACGGCCUUCCCAUAUACACGCCCUACAUCCCCAAGGAUUACCUGCAGCAGAAACGCUUCCAGGCGCAGUCCGUCGGCACGACGUACGUUUACGAUUAUCUCGACAUGUUCAGGCAGAUGACGGACCAGCACUGGAAGCAGUACAGCCAGGAGAGGUUGUCGGAGGCCAUCCGUGUACCCGACAAGUUCAUGGACUUCGUGGAGUUGAUCCUCGACCCGGAGACCGAGUCCAGGCUGAUGGAACAGAAGCGGGUGCCAGGCGAGAACAACGUGGGCAUGGUGGCUUGGAGGCUGACGUUGUUCACCCCCGAGUACCCGGACGGCAGGGACAUAAUAGUGAUCGCCAACGACAUAACUUACCUCAUCGGUUCCUUCGGGCCUAGGGAGGAUAAGGUAUUCAGUAUGGCCAGCGAGAUCGCUAGAAAACUGAGGAUACCGAGGAUAUACCUGGCGGCCAACAGCGGCGCCAGGAUAGGUCUGGCGGAAGAGGUGAAGGCGUUGUUCAGGAUCGCGUGGGAGGACAACAAAGAGCCGGACAGGGGUUUCAGGUAUUUGUACCUGACCCCAGAAGACUACGCCAAGGUUAGCGCCCAGAAUUCUGUGAGGGCCGUGCUCAUCGAAGACGAGGGCGAAUCCAGAUACAAACUGACUGAUAUUAUUGGUAAGGACGACGGCCUCGGCGUGGAAAACUUGAAAUACGCCGGCAUGAUAGCGGGUGAGACCUCGGCCGCCUACGAAGAAGUCGUAACCAUCUCCAUGGUCAGUUGCAGAGCUAUCGGCAUUGGGUCCUACGUGGUGCGUCUCGGUCAGAGGGUCAUCCAGAUCGAGAACUCCCACAUCAUCCUCACAGGUUACAGUGCCUUAAAUAAACUACUCGGCAGAGAAGUGUACGCCUCCAACAAUCAGCUCGGCGGCAUCCAGAUAAUGUACAACAACGGAGUCACUCACAAAACGGAAAGCUGCGACCUGGAAGGCGUCUACACGAUACUGAAAUGGCUGUCGUACAUACCAAAGGAUAAAUUCUCGCCCGUGCCAAUAUUGAGGCCGGUCGAUCCCGUCACGAGAGAGGUCACUUUCACGCCCACCAAAACGCCGUACGACCCCAGAUGGAUGCUGGCCGGCAGAGAAUCGCCAAACGAUCCGAGUAUCUGGGAGAGCGGUUUCUUCGACAGGGGCUCCUGGGCGGAGAUAAUGCAGCCGUGGGCGCAGACCGUCGUCACGGGCAGGGCCCGGCUGGGGGGCAUACCCGUGGGGGUCAUCGCCGUGGAGACCCGCACCGUCGAACUGACCCUACCCGCCGAUCCGGCCAACCUGGAUUCCGAAUCAAAGACGGUGUCGCAGGCCGGGCAGGUGUGGUUCCCAGAUUCCUCGUACAAAACCACCCAGGCCAUCCAGGAUUUCUUGCGGGAGGACCUGCCGCUGAUGGUGUUCGCGAACUGGAGGGGCUUCAGCGGCGGCAUGAAGGAGAUGUACGAGCAGAUAAUGAAGUUCGGGGCUUACAUCGUGGACGGGCUGAGGCAGUACAAGCAGCCCAUCAUCAUCUACAUCCCGCCCAACGGGGAGCUCCGAGGGGGAGCUUGGGCCGUCGUCGACCCCACCAUCAACUCUCGGUACAUGGAGAUGUACGCCGAUCCCGACUCCAGGGGUGGAGUGUUAGAACCGGAGGGCAUCGUGGAGAUAAAGUUCCGAAAGAAGGACCUCGUCAAGGCGAUCCACCGCAUCGAUCCGGUGGUGAGGGAGCUGGACGACAGGCUGAAGCAGUUCAACAGCUCGCAGCCGAGGGAGCGUUCGGCCAGCAGUUCGUAGCAGCAGGUGGAGCAGCAGAAACCGCCGGAGAUGCUGGAGAUCGAGCAGAAGAUCCGGGAGAGGGAGAACUUCCUGAUGCCGAUGUACCACCAGGUGUCGGUGCAUUUCGCAGAUCUGCACGACACGCCCGAGCGGAUGUUGUAGAAGGGCACGAUAAACGACAUUGUACCGUGGCGGAAAUCCCGGUCCAUUCUGUACUGGAGGCUGAGGAGGCGUCUGCUCGAGGACAGGGUAAUCAAGGGCCUCAUGGACG